UGGAGAACAAGCGACUCGCCUCAUUCCGCUGCUUUCUCAGCAUCCAUUCUGUGAGACCUUAUUCUGGAGAGGAGAGAGCUACCUAACAGGCAAAUUGGAGAAGGAAAAGGGAAAAAAUCCACUGAAGAGGGAGGAUAUCGAGGAAAAAUAACACAUAAUCAGGGCUCACUGGCGUCCAACAUCACCUCUUACAGCUUUGGCAGAGGUGUCUGAAAGUUUUCCGUCCGGGGGGGGACACCCUCCCCUUGUUGUGGGGGAUGAACAGCGGAUGCUGAAUUUCAUUCCUGAAGGCAGGAGGGGAGCUGUGAAUACCGGCUGGAUUCACUUGCAGUGGAGCUGGUAGUGCGCACCAGAAGAGAUCCUACAGUGCCUCUUUCUCUCUCUCGCUCAGUCUCUCACACACGCAUUUUCCAGUAGAAUACAUAUCAUUAUUUCACUGUGCCAAGGUGGAAUAUCAAGGGGAAGCAACCCCAAAAGAAAAUCUCCUGAACCAGGGAAGUAAUGGAUUAUGUACAGAAUCAAUGAAGGACAUCUUGUUACAAAAAAGUAAGUUCUAAUCAGAAAAGGCUUUGAAUUGGGUUCUGAUUCUGAGAGACUUGGAGGAUUUUUGCCCUUUUUUCUUUUGUUGUUGAGCAGCACCGAGCUUCAGACAUCUUAUCUUGUGGACUAUAGGGUUCUGGAUGGUAUUUCAAGACUGAAUCUGUGUAGGCACCUAUCCGCUCUCCUGGCACAAGGCAGACAUGUUCUUUACCUCUGUUCCAGUAUGACCCUGGAGUAAGUGACCUGUGAAUAGAGUCACGCUGGAGGUUUUCUAAAGGACUCCUUGCUUCUGUAACAGUGUAUGGACAUCUGACAUUGGGAAGCCCAGCAGAUAAAAGACCGAAAAUAGGGACGACCACAGCAAAAGAAGAGAGAGAAGAAUAGGCCAUGGCUGAGGGGAUGAUUGCUUCUCAAAGUGAACCGUGACAGAAUGGUCGACUGUAUGAGCAAAGUCAUGCUGCACACGGUCGUCUCAUGCUGGCAACCAUUCCUGGGACUGGCCCUCGUGGCUGUCUUUGUGGGCUCCACCCUGGGAUGUCCCUCGCGCUGCGAGUGUUCAGCGCAGACCAAGGCAGUUGUCUGUCACCGCAAGCGCAUGCCCAGCAUCCCGGACGGCAUCCCGACCGAGACCAGGAUCCUGGACCUGAGUAAGAACAAGCUGACAAUGAUCAACCCUGAUGACUUUUUUGCCUUUCCGGGGCUUGAGGAACUUGACCUCAGUGGAAAUAUUAUCAGUUACGUUGAGCCGGGAGCUUUUAACGCCCUGUUUACCAUGCACUCGCUCAGUCUCAAAAGCAAUCGUAUCAAGCUCAUUCCCCUGGGCGUCUUCACAGGCUUAACAAAUCUUACCCGACUGGAUAUAAGUGACAACAAGAUUGUCAUCCUGCUGGAUUAUAUGUUCCAGGACUUACACAAUCUAAAGUUUUUGGAAGUGGGUGACAAUGAUCUGGUUUACAUUUCUCACCGUGCAUUCAGUGGACUUUCAAGUCUGGAGAUGUUAACCUUAGAAAGGUGCAACCUUACAGUUGUGCCCACUGAGGCCCUUUCCCACCUGCAUAACCUGGUCAGCCUCCAUCUACGAUACCUCAGCAUCAGCACUUUGCAUCCUUACUCAUUCAAAAAGCUGUUCCGGCUGCGGCAUUUAGAAAUUGAUAAUUGGCCUUCACUAGAUCAUGUGCCAGCCAAUACCCUGCAUGGCCUCAACCUGACCACUCUGUUCAUAACCAAUACCAACUUGUCCUCCUUCCCUUACCAAGCCCUGAAGCAUCUGCCCUACCUGACACACCUCAACCUGUCCUUCAACCGUAUUAGGCACAUUGAGGGGGGGAUGCUGGUGGAACUGGUUCGGCUUCAGGAGCUCCAUCUGGUUGGAGCUCAGCUUACCGCUAUUGAACCGUACGCUUUCCAGGGUUUGCGAGGGCUCAAAGUCCUCAAUGUUUCUCACAACCGGCUGGAUACACUGGAGAAGGGUGUUUUUCAGUCUCCUGAGGCUUUGGAGGUUCUUCUGAUCGACAACAACCCCUUGGUGUGCGACUGUCGUCUCAUGUGGAUCCUACAGAAAAGGCACUCAAUAUUUUUUGGGGAAUCGCAGCCGGAGUGCAGCACACCUGAGGGUAUUCGUGGCAGGCCUUUCAAGGAAUUUAAGGAGACUCUCCUGUCUUACUACGUCACGUGUACAAAGCCAAAAAUCCGUGAGAAUAAAACACAAACGAUCACUGUGGAUGAGGGCCAGCAGGCAAUGUUGCGCUGCAGUGCUGAAGGGACGCCAAGGCCCAUUGUGUCCUGGUUGUCCCCACGUCGACGAGUUCUGACAAGUAGGAGCCACGGUAGAGUUACUGUCCACAACAACGGUUCACUGGAGAUCAAGUCAGCAGAGGUGCAAGACAGCGGAGUGUACCUUUGCCUUGCCUCCAACAGUGCUGGGAAUGACACCCUGAUGACAUCAUUGGCAGUGAAAAGUCUGGGAUCACUGUAUGCUAACAGGACCCAGUCUUACACAGAUCCCAGCAACACCACUGCCAACGGGACGUCCGGUGCGACCCUCGGUUUGGACCUAAAGACUAUUUUAGUGUCAACUGCUAUGGGUUGUUUCACAUUCCUGGGAGUGGUCUUGUUUUGUUUCCUGCUCCUUUUCGUUUGGAGCAGAGGGAAAGGAAAACAUAAAAACAACAUAGAUGUUGAAUAUGUUCCUCGGUCAAAGUCUAACGGCACUAACGUUGACUCGGCAGAAGGACAAGCUGGUCCUCGUCGUUUUAACAUGAAAAUGAUGUGACUUCUUUUAUAGAUCCGAGACUCUGGAUUGUGAAUAUGCCCAAAGUACAAUGUAUUUUUUUGAAUAUCAGACUACUGAACUUCCCACUGCUGCAGGGAGAGUGGUAGUGGAAAAGUUUGGGGCAUCAUAACAAGAUGAGCAGUACCUUAAAUCACUGGAUCUUGACAUAAUGCUUGGAUACUGUGUUUCAAAUACCGAAAGUUGUAGUAGGACAUCCUCUUACAUAAUUGCCAGCAGGCAACUUCUUCAACGAGGAUGAGGAGUGAAAACUGUUAUCGCUAUGGGGACCUGAAGGGAAUAAGUGUCAUUUAUCAGCUUUUUGAAAUUUAUAUGCCCAAAAAAAAGAACGCUUCAGUUUUGGGUUGGAUCUACAGACUUGGCUGAACCAUGUACAGUACAAAUUUGUAUCUAAGCUAUUAACCUACUUUGUUUAGUCUUGCGCCAUGCUUAUUCACUGAACAAAUCAAUGAAACAGACCAUAAUUUCCUAUGUUCAAUACUUUGCAUAUGUGUACCUAAUGCUUCAUUAUGUACAUGUAUGUACAUAUUCAUUCAAAAAACUAUUCAUAGCAAUAUUCAUGGGAUGCAUUAGCCAAAAUUGUUAUACCCCAUAUGUUCAGCAACAACAUCCUUCAGACUUUUGAAGUUUCCAUGGAUUCAGGAAGGGCUUCUAUGGGUGAUUAUCUGUCCCUGCUCCCCCAAUUGACUCCUAGAUAUUAAUAAAUAUAUAUUAUUUAUCAAUGAAAAAAAAGAAGAAGAAAAAAGAUUUUAUUUAUGAAAAAUGUUGAGCAUUUUACAAAAAUGAGUCCUCAAACACUAUUCAGGAUCUAACAUAACACUUGGAUCAUCAUAAAGAUGGCCCAGUAUUGAUCGAAGUACCGACAUGAACCACCCUUUUGUCCUAUUUUUGUCUCUUUUUAUUACUUUAACUGUACCUUUGCUGGUUGGCAAAAUACAUGUGUCAAUUUUACUACAGUGACAUUUGCAUAAUUUUCCCCAGUAGGAAAUUUGGACUUUGUUGUGGUAGUUCCUCAUUUUGUUGUUGAAUCAUUUAGAUUGUGAAAACUUCAAAGUAAAAAUAAAAAAAAA